UUUUUUUUAGGUUUCAUUCACAGCUGUCAGCUGGCAUUUGUAUUAAAAAUAAACAUAAUUGAUUUUCUGUCCUAUCCAAAAAUAUAAUCCCUGGACUGCUCAAGCACCGUAACGAGACGGUUCUGCACUGCUCCCCCCCACCUUGGUUGUGAACUUCACGUAGUGACUUAGCCUCAGGAACAAUGGGUUCCGAUGAUCUCAGCGCCGGCGAUAAAAUUCAAAAAGGAUUCCAAAUUAACAACAUGAUUCUGAGAGAUGCAGACUCCGGCAAGAUAAUUUGGCAGGAAAACAAGGACUUCUCCGCCCCCGAUGUCGAACACGAGGCGCGCGUCCCCAUCAAAAUUCUGGACAUGCGGGCCGUCUCUCGAGAAAUCAAUUUCAGCACCAUCGAGUCCAUGGAGAACUUCAGACUCGACCAGAAGGUCCUCUUCAAGGGGCGCAUCAUGGAGGAGUGGUUCUUCGAAAUGGGCUUCGUUGGCGCCAACACCACCAACACCUGGCAGUCCACAAUCGAAGCGGCGCCCGAGUCCCAAAUGAUGCCAGCAAAAGUCUUAAAUGGCAAUGUGACAAUUCAAACCAGUUUCUAUGACAACGAAACACUCAUCACAAAAUCGGUUGUGCGCUUGUACUACAUAUAAGGGGGCGGCGUAGGCGGUCAUCCACCGCCCACACUGUGGCACACAUUGGCCAGGUGUCUGUUUGUAUUCAUCGUAUAUAUCUAUAAUUUGGAUAUUCAUCUGCAUGCAUGAACGAUGAUUCUCCCCGUUUCUACUCAAUUCUCUCGCGUUCUUGGCAUUUCAAUGCAGUUCUUUCGCAGUUCUUGCUUGUGGGUUCGAGUUAGUGAAAUUAUUGCACUACUCACACACACACACUUACGUAAACACACAUUUAUUUAGUUCUAGACUAAUGCAUUUUUAAUUUACGAAUUUUAUUUAUUUAAU